AUGGCUGCGAGGUGGCUGCUGCUGCUGCUGGCACUCCUCGCCGCCCACGCCGCGGCUCUUCCUGAUUUCAUUAGGAUAGGCGGGCUGUUUCAUCCAUCGGACGACAAGCAGGAAGUGGCCUUUCGCUACGCUGCGGAGAAGAUCAACGCCAACCGGGACAUCCUGCCUAAGUCUCGACUCAGCGCCCAGGUCGAGGUGAUACAGCCGCAAGAUAGUUUCCACGCUUCGAAACGGGUUUGCCAUUUGCUGCGAGGCGGCGUGGCGGCGAUUUUUGGACCGCAGAGCGCGCACACGGCGUCUCACGUGCAAAGCAUUUGCGACACCAUGGAAAUUCCGCACUUGGAGACACGCUGGGACUACCGGCUUAGACGACAGAGCUGCCUCGUCAACCUAUAUCCUCAUCCCACCACUUUGUCCAAGGCAUACGUCGAUCUAGUGAAGGCCUGGGGCUGGAAGAGUUUCACCAUUAUCUAUGAGAACAACGAGGGGCUCGUGCGAUUGCAGGAACUUCUGAAAGCUCAUGGACCUAGCGAAUUUCCUAUUACGGUCAGACAGCUGAGCGAGGGAUCGGAGUAUCGACCGCUACUAAAACAGAUCAAGAAUUCUGCAGAAUCGCAUAUCGUGCUGGACUGCUCCACCGAGAGGAUCUACGAUGUGUUGAAACAGGCACAGCAGAUCGGAAUGAUGAGCGACUAUCACAGCUACCUUAUCACUUCCCUGGACUUGCAUACCGUCGACUUGGAAGAAUUCAGGCACGGCGGGACCAAUAUCACUGCCUUUCGAUUAGUGGAUCCGGAAAAGCCGGAAAUCCAAAAGGUAAUCCAAGACUGGAUCUACGGUGAGAAGCGUUAUAAUCGCGAGCUCGAUAUGGGACAGAACAGCAACAAGAAUAAUCUCACAACAAUAAAGACUGAAACAUCCUUGCUGUAUGAUGCCGUCCAUCUCUUCGCCAAGGCAUUGCACGAUCUCGACACGUCUCAGCAAAUUGAUAUCAAGCCGUUAUCUUGCGAAUCAACCGACACUUGGCCUCAUGGAUACUCACUAAUUAACUACAUGAAGAUCGUGGAAAUGACGGGGCUCACAGGUAUUAUCAAGUUCGAUCAUCAGGGUUUUCGCUCUGACUUUGUCCUAGAUAUCAUUGAACUGAAUAGUAAAGAAGGCUUGAAGAAAAUCGGUACUUGGAACAGUACGAAAGGUAUCAACUUCACGAGAAGCUACGGCGACGUUUACACUCAAAUCGUUGAAAACUUGCAAAAUAAGACUUUUAUCGUGACGACUAUACUGAGCGCGCCGUACUGCAUGCGGAAGGACUCGAGCGAGAAGCUUACCGGAAAUGCGCAAUUCGAAGGCUACAGCGUCGACUUGAUUUACGAGAUAUCGCGGCUGCUUGGAUUCAAUUAUACGUUCCGGCUUGUGCCGGACGGACGUUAUGGCUCGUACAAUAAGCAGACGAAGGAGUGGGAUGGGAUGAUGAAGGAGCUGCUUGAUCAGAAGGCCGAUCUCGCGAUCGCCGAUCUCACCAUCACGUACGAUCGGGAACAGGCUGUCGACUUCACCACGCCGUUCAUGCCUUUAGGGAUCAGCAUACUUUACCGCAAACCCAUAAAGCAACCGCCGAAUUUGUUCUCGUUCCUCAGCCCUCUUAGUCUCGACGUUUGGAUCUACAUGGCGACGGCUUAUCUCGGGGUCUCCGUGCUCCUCUUUAUACUAGCCAGGUUCAGCCCUUACGAGUGGGAGAAUCCCCAUCCGUGCAACGGGCAGUCCGAGGUCCUCGAGAACGAGUUCACCCUACUGAACUCGCUCUGGUUCACCAUAGGCUCGCUCAUGCAGCAAGGCAGCGAUAUAGCGCCGAAGGCCGUGUCGACACGCAUGGUCGCGGGUAUGUGGUGGUUCUUCACGCUCAUCAUGAUCUCCUCUUAUACGGCUAAUCUCGCUGCUUUCCUCACCGUCGAGAGGAUGGAUUCUCCAAUCGAGAGCGCCGAGGAUCUUGCGAAGCAGACCAAGAUCAAGUACGGUGCCCUCAAAGGCGGCAGCACGGCGGCCUUCUUCAGGGAUUCCAAUUUCUCGACGUACCAACGCAUGUGGUCCUUCAUGGAUUCGGCGAAGCCGACGGUAUUUACGUCGAGCAACGGCGAGGGCGUGGAUCGAGUGAUCAAGGGGAAAGGUAGUUACGCAUUCCUGAUGGAAUCCACCUCCAUCGAAUAUGUAAUCGAAAGGAACUGCGACCUUACUCAAGUCGGCGGUCUCUUAGACUCGAAAGGAUACGGCAUAGCCAUGCCACCAAACUCGCCAUACAGAACGGCCAUAAACGGAGCCAUCCUGAAGCUCCAGGAGGAAGGGAAGCUUCAUGUGCUGAAAACGCGCUGGUGGAAGGAGAAGCGAGGUGGCGGAUCUUGCAGGGACGAAAUCUCGAAAAGCAGCUCGGCGGCGAACGAGCUCGGCUUGGCGAACGUCGGCGGCGUCUUCGUGGUGCUGAUGGGCGGCAUGGGUGUCGCCUGCGUGAUCGCUGUCUGCGAGUUCGUGUGGAAGAGCCGGAAAGUGGCCAUCGAGGAGCGGAAGCAGAAAUCCUCGGGGAAACCGAUCUGCGAAGGUUUUACUGAUCUGCACUAGCGACGGUACGCGCUGCGCUGCGAAAACAGAUUCUUAAACUCAAGCCGUACCUCAAAGCGUAUCCGAUCCGAGUUCAGUGGACCUAAGGAAGAACUCCAUCACGAGUGAUCGAGAAACUGUGUAAAGAUCGUAAAAUUAUAGGGACAAAUUAAAUAAUCGAACAGGAGAAGCAACGAGCCUUGACCUUUCCAAUUUUCCUCUCAAAAAUCCUGUCAAAUAUCAAUCAUCUGUUUUGACGAAAUUAUUCGAGAUAUGUAUAUUUGUAUAUAUAAAUAUUUUGGCGCACAAAAAAAAAGAAGGUAAAGUUUUCAAUAUUCUAAUGGACGGAUCAAGUGGUUCUAUCAAAAUUAUACGAUAUAAUAUCAAAUUUCUUACAUGAAUUUCUUAUACGUGAAGACAUUAUUAAAAUUUUAUUAACGACAAUUGUUCAGUAGAAAAAUCUAUAAUUAUUACGACAUGCGUAAGGAAUCCGAGCCGAAAGAUGGCGGAAAAGAAAGAUUGGAAAGGCCAACGUGUUUGCCAUUUGCUCAUAUCAAAACUUAGAUUAACAAACAAAGACUUUAAAGCCUCGCAAUAGGAAAGGCCAAAUCCUUCCUCGCGAACUUGUAAAUGUCUCAACCGACGUCAAAAUACUAAAAAGAAAGCCGCGGUAUUUACAACCGAAUUAUAGUGCGAUACAAACGGACAAACUUUUAAGAACAAUCACGAUUUUAUACCGGCUAGAUAGUGAAUGUAUAGUGUGUGCCAGAUUACAAGACAUUUUACUGUACAUAAUAUGUAGCUAUCGAGCUAACCAUUACGUUCAUAAAUGUGCCGAGUCCGUUCGCUUCGUAAGAUAAAGAUACGCGAUAAUCAAAGGAGCACGGGUGGAUACAAAAAAGAUAUAUCUUGACAAAAAUCGAAUUUUAUUCCUGAGUUAAUGAUGAAAUAUUUUUUUCAUGGUCUUAUAAAGAUAUAAAAAACAGAUAUUAUCAGCAAGAAUAAACGCAUAUUUCUAAUAAGUAAAUUUCGCUUGAAAUUAAUUAAAAAGUGAGAUUUUAAAGUUCAAGAAAAUUGCUCUUCAAGUUCGGUAAGGUUAGUAUUCUUUGAUUUUUAAUGAUAAACAACAUUUCCGUUUUAAUCUUUAUUAAUAGUUGAUUUCGAAUUCGUUGAAAAAUAUAUGAUUAGUUCUCAUCUCUCUUUACGCGUAUGUAAUAAUACUUUCUAUAUAAAUUCUUUAUAUAUAAAUACUUUCUACAUUGCAUUGAUUAUAAAUUGUACGAAUAAAAUUAAUCUAUCUUUUAUAACAAGUGCGAUAUUAAAUUGCGCCAUAUCAUCUUUAUCCACCGUGCACCUUACUUCAUAAUGUAAAGUACUUCCGAUCCAUGUUUAGAAGCACGCGGACUCCGAAGUUUCGUUAUUAAAUAGACAAAUCUAUGUGUCAUGGCGAAAUAACUUUUACGAAAAUUGCAGUUUCAAAAUGUUGCAUUACUUGUAGCCCAAAGUAAAAUUGAAAAGACGCGCGUUGUGUGUGUGUGACAAUUUAGUAUGACAUUGUUAGUUGUGUCGCAAUGUUUCUUGCUUCUCUCCCGUCACGGAUUCACAGGAGGUGAGCCAAUUUAUUUCGUUAUCAGUAUUGUUACAUAGAUAAAUCUUCAUAGCUGAAAAAAUUAAAAUUAAUACUUUAAUUAUAUAAAUAAUCUAUUAAUUUUAACAUUAACAGACAUCGAAAUAUUGUAAUGAUUUAAAAACAUAAUACAUUGAAAAAAAAAUUCUAUAUCUAUAUAAUAAUUUUUAUAAUUAAUUUUUUUAUUUUUAUAAUUAAUAUUUAUAUUAUUAUGAGAUGUAUUAUUCAUUGAGAUGACUAUGAAGAUUUUAUCUUCGAUAAAUUUAAUAUUGUAAAAACAGAAAUUUUGAACUUUUUACAAACUUGGAUGCAUUAUACUCUAUUAUAUGAUUUAUUACUUGCAUAAACUCAGUUGAAAUAUUUUUUGAGAUUUUUGUAAAACAUUUAAAAAAUCCAAAAUUAUUUCAACAAUGAAUUUCAAUAUAAAUUCUUUAUCUUCAAUCGUUCCUCUUUUUUUCCAUCAGUUUCAAUCUCACUUAUUAUAGAUUUUCUUAUAUAAAUGAUAUUAUAAUCUCUCUGAGCUCAAACAUUUUGAAGAUUACGUUUUGUUAAAGGAACUUUUAACUGCGUCUUUGCAAAUAAAGCGGAUUUUAAAGUUUAAAUUUCAAUGUAGUGCAUUUAAGCUAAACGACUUGUUCGCGAGCCAAUACGUGAGCAUGUCGCAAUACUCUUUCCGUGAAACUUUCAGAAGUCUGUGUGCUCGGAAAUGGCGAGCGAAUUGCGAUACGCUUUGGACUGCGGCAACGGGAAUAAAAAGCCGUCGAGGAAGGUACUUUGUCGACGUCAGAGGCAACACUCGAGCCUGUCGAUCGUCUCGGAGGAAGGCAGG